CCACGUGCUCUCUGCCUUUUUUUUUAAGUACUGGGAGAAACACAAGAGAGUAGCUACGGGAUUGAAAUAUCUACUACAAGUAUUCCCUUACUCAAUCAUACUCAAAUUGAAAGGAGUUCUCAAGAGUGUUUCCACCUUCAUUGUUUUGCCAGCAAAAUAAAAAAAGAGAGAGAGAGAGAGAGAGAGAGAGAGAGGGGCAAUUCGUUUUCCAGAAGGAAGCAGAGGCACCAGCGGAGGUAUUUGAGGUGUACUGCUGCAAGCUCACCUCCUUCAGUUGGAACUUUUUUUGGACGCCAUCUCUGAUUCCACCGGCGGAGGUAUUUGAUUGAGCCGGUCCCAUGGAUGCACAAGAUGAGGAGAGGCCACUCAUCCAUCGCCUGCCACUGCCACAGGAUGAAAUUUCUGAAUUCACUAGCGACGGGACGGUUGAUAUUAGCAAUCUGCCUGCCAGGAAGCAGAGCACUGGGAAUUGGACAGCAUGCUUCUUUAUUUUAGGUGCUGAAUUCGCUGAAUGUGUGGCCUUCUUCGCAAUCUCAAAGAACUUGGUCACUUACCUCACGGGUGUUCUCCACGAGAGCAACGUCGAUGCUGCAACGACUGUGUCCACCUGGAUUGGGACCGCAUUCUUCACGCCGCUCAUCGGAGCGUUCUUGGCUGACACAUUCUGGGGACGAUACUGGACAAUAGUAAUCUUCAUCUCCGUGUACGUCAUUGGGAUGAUGAUCCUGACCGGUUCAGCUCUUCUUCCAGUGAUGAUGGGCUUGUCUUACAACCGCAGCAUUCACCGCCUCACCGCGUACCUGGGCCUGUAUCUUGUUGCUCUCGGCAAUGGUGGAAUUAAGCCAUGCGUCUGUGCACUCGGUGCCGAUCAGUUUGACGCGGCUGACCCAGUGGAGCGGGUGACCAAGGGCUCCUUCUUCAACUGGUACUACUUCUCCGUCAACAUCGGCUCCCUUCUGUCCGCGACUGUGGUCGUCUGGGUGCAGGACAACGUUGGCUGGGGACUCGGGUUUGCGAUCCCGACGGUGCUCAUGCUGUCUGGCCUCGUCGUGUUCGUCGCCGGUAGGAAGGUUUACAGGUACCAGAGAGUGGAAGGGAGGAGCCCUCUGACAAGAGUCUCCCAGGUGCUUGUUGCUGCUGUCAGGAACUACAAUUUGGUCUUGCCUGAAGAUAGCUCUGCCCUGCAUCAGCUGCCUUCUCCAGCUGAAGGAAAUCAUUGCAAGAUUCAGCAUACAAGUCAAUUCAGGUUCCUUGACAAGGCUGCCAUUGUAGCGCCAUCCUCCAGCGACGGCGAGAAAGGACCGACAAGCCCAUGGAGACUCUGCACGGUGUCCCAGGUUGAGGAGCUGAAGAUGGUGCUCCGGAUGUUCCCCGUGUGGGUGUCGAUGGUGCUCUUCUUCGCAGUCACCGCCCAGAUGUCAUCGACCUUCAUCGAGCAAGGCCAUACCAUGGACAACCACGUCGGGCCGUUCACCGUGCCGCCGGCGUCCCUCGCCAUCUUCGACAUCAUCAGCGUCAUGUUCUGCAUACCCAUCUACGACAGAGUGCUGGUGCCGAUGGUCCGGCGCGCCACGGGCAAGGAGCGGGGCCUGUCACAGCUGCAGCGGCUUGGCGUCGGCCUCGCGCUGUCCGUGGUCGGCAUCGUUUACGCGGCGCUGGUCGAGGGCAGGCGGUUGUCGCUCACCCACGCAGCGCCGGACAGGCAGCCGUCGAUGAGCAUCAUGUGGCAGGCGCCGGCGUUCGCGGUGCUCGGCGCGGGGGAGGUGUUCGCGGCCAUCGGCAUCCUUGAGUUCUUCUACGAUCAGUCACCGGAAGGGAUGAAGAGCCUCGGCACGGCCCUUGCGCAGCUCGCCGUCGCGGUAGGCAACUACUUCAACUCUUCCGUGCUCGCCGCCGUCGCGGCCGUUACAACGCGCAACGGAAAGCCAGGGUGGAUCCCCGACGACCUGAACAAGGGGCACCUGGACUAUUUCUUCUGGUUGAUGGCUGUUCUCGGCGUUGUGAACCUGCUGCACUUCCUGCAUUGCUCCAUCAGGUACAGAAGCAGCAACAACAACACAUAUUCUUGACAAGCUCCGUACUCAGAGCAUCUUAAAGAGUUUUGUUACCAGAUCAGUUGUAACGAGUAUGCUACUUGGACCUCGGCCUUGUAAGCCAAUCUGUGUCAGCGUUGUCAUAAGCCAAAGAGAGGGAAGGGAGCGGUUAGGCUGUAACAAAAUUGUAAACUAUCUCCCUAACAAGACCUUGUUUAGUUCCAAACAAUUUUGCAAAAUUUGGAACUAAACAAGGCCCAACUGUCAUCGUUUUUGCGGAGCCAAACGCAUUUCCAUCCAAAUCCUUUCCAAAUUCCUGCUA